AUGGCAGCUAAUCCGGCUGCUCCGGUCGCGGUGGGCACACGAGGAACAGUUGGGUCCCUCAUUAGGAAGGAGAUCGAGUAUUUCAGAACCGUCGAGUUCAGCGAUCAGAGGAGAUCCCAGAAGAGACCCCAGGCUGCACGGUCCCUAGAGAUGGGCUCAAACUCUAUUCACUGUAAGGCUCAGGCCUCGAGGCCCAGUUUCUGGUUCUUUGGCUUGAGCUGGAGAAGGAAGAAGCAGAGAGUCGGGGGAGGGUUCCGAUCAAGCAUGUGCUCACCAUCGGAUGCAUCGGACAUCGAACGACCGGACGAUAUCCGUGGCUUCAAUUACAUGAUCCUUAGGGAUGAGUUCAAGACCUUCCAAUCUUAUUAG